GAUGACGUAGUAUACUUGAUAUCACCCUUAUCAUUGUGGAAGCGGAACUGUUGGGGUUACUAACAGUUUCCGGCCGGAGCAUAACAUUGUGAACACAACAUGGCGACCUACUUGCUGCGGUUAGGGCGACUGGGUUCCCUGAAGUGUCUCCACCAGGAGAGCUGGUGCAUCCUGAGGAGCCGCCCAGCUGCUCUGUUCUGCUCCCGGGCUGAAGGGCCCCCUCAGUCAGCAGAGAGGCCCCCACAGUCAGCUGAGAGGGGAGAGGCUGCAGGCAAGACAGCAGAGGUUCAAGAUGAGAGAGCAACCUUGCUAGCCUACAAGACAGCUGUGACCUUUCCAGUUAGACUUUCAGAGCCUGGAGUUUUCCUAACACAGGGUGUAGGUGCAACUGAAUCUGUGGCGAGCCCCAUUGCAGCUGCAGAAACAGCUGUAGCUGCUGCUCAGGUUAUCAUCAACACAGCAGCCUCCACUACAGACGAUGCAGACGCAGUUGCCACAGCCUUCUCUGAGCCGCUUGAUCCUGCAGCUGAUGGAUCAUCAUCCUCCUCAUCAUCCAGCGACUCGGACUCGGACUCUGACUCUGAGGACAAGAAUUUAGAAAAGGCUGAAACCAAGACCUCCCUACCAGAAGUGUCGUAUUCCAGUGUGCAACAAAGAGCAGAAGUCCAGGAGGUUGCAUCAGAUGUAAAGGGUGGCACAAAUGAAGUGAAGAAGGAAGUUCCCCCAGAACCUGAAGCUACUCCUGCCUGUUCAGCAGCGGCAGCAGAAGCUGCUCAAGCUCCAGCCACCAUCGAGGCACCCAGUGUUAGCUCUGAGGAGUUGGUAGACCCAGCUCCUGAGAUCUGCACUGCCACCGGGGACACUAUGACCAGCCCAGAAGUUUCAGCUAAAGUGGAACCCGCUCCAGAAUUAAUAAAAAAUGACCAGGUACAAACUUCAGCCGAAGUUGUGAUUGAAGCUUCAACUUCAGAAAAAGCCCAAACAGAUGUUCGUGUAUAUGCCACAGAGCCCCCACCUGCUGAAUAUCCUGCAGAAGCUGCCGAAGCUCUUGUAAAAGCUACUGAAGCUGAUCCUGUAGAAGCUGCUGCAGAGUCUGUAGAAACUGAAGUUGCCCCCACCGAAGUGGCUGCUGAGGCUGUAGCUGAAGUUUCUGCCCUUGUGAAGAGCACCAAGGACCUGGUGGACCCGGCCCCUGCCAUAGCUCAAGCUGCCCCCGCUGAGGCUGGAGUAGAAUCUUCUGCCCCUGAGGAGCUGGUGGACCCAGCUCCAGUUUUAGCUCAAGCCUCCCCUGCAGAAGCUGCAGUUGAAGACACUGAGCCUGUGCAGGGCACAGAGGAGCUGGUGGACCCGGCUGCAGUUGUAGCUGAAGCUGCCCCUGCAGGAGAUGCUGCAGGGCCUGUAGAAGCUGAAGCUGCCCCCACUGAAGUGGCUGCUGAGGCUGCAGCUGGAGGUUCUGUCCCUGAGGAGAGCCCAGAAGAUCUGGUGGACACAGCUCCAGUCAUAGCUGAAGCUGCAGGAGAGGAGCUGCAGGCCGAGGGCCCAGUUGAAGCAUCUGAGGAGGCUGCAGCACCUCCAGAGCCCAAUGAGCCUUUUGACAACAGCACUUAUAAAAACAUCCAGCACCACAACUACACCCCCUUCACGUUUGCAGACCUGGAUGUAGAGAUGGCUAAAUUCCGCCUCCCGCAGCCCUCCUCCAUCAGACACUAGACGAGUUGGCUUCGCUGCAAACCUUUAUAUUGUUUAAAGAUCAUGGUGAUGGUGAAGACCUUUUUAUUGUGAUUACCUGUCGGUUAUGCAUAAUAAUAUCCUGUUAAAAAUAUCAAUAAAGUACAUACAUUAAAAAUA